CUCUCUCUCUCUCUUUUUCACACACGCACACACACACACACCAACACACACAAACACACACAUAGAAUAACAAUGGCAUAAAGAAGCCUUUACGAUAUCUGCAUCGUUUUUUUUUCUGCUUAAUGAAGGAUAUUCUUACAUUUUAAGCGCUUCGAGAAAACACCAAACUUUUUUGUACACUGUAAAGGUAAGCUAAACAUGGUAAGAAGUCGAGAGGAGAACGAGGGAUAUAAAAGGAUACCAGUAAGUUGUGAGGGGGACGAGAAAGACUAUGGAGCCUGUGCAUGCAACCAUUCACCACUUCCCGGGGCACUUGCAUUGAACAUGAACAGAACAAAUUCACCGACAUCAGCACUUACAGCACUGAAUGUGGAAAUGUGUAGCCCCAAUGAAAAUACAGAGCAAGCAUCAUCUUCUCCAAAAGGUACAAAGGCUCAGAAAGCAAAAUCUGAUCGGACAUACCUGGGUGUCAGAGUGAGAAUGCCAGUAAAAGAUAUGCUCAGAGAUAUUCGCAUAGCAAAGGGAAUGGACCCCAAAGAAAUGCAGAAGAAAGAAAACCAUGGAUCAAAAGGGGAUAAAAAACGAGUAAAUAUCAGUAGCUGUCGGAGAAACAAGCUGAAAAACUGGCAAACAAAGAGUUUAGAGGAGCUUGCUUUUAUUGUGGAGGUGUUGGAAGAAGAUCUUAAGACCUCCAGACAGUCAAGUAACCACCUGGCUACCUUCACCCCAGAGCUAGGAAACAAGUUCUGGUCCAAGAAUGUCCUCCAGCAAGAACAUCUCUGUGAACCACCUUCAACUCCAACCAGUUGCUAUGCAGCCACUAAAAAGUUCCCUAUGCAGUCUGUGGAAAUUUAUGGCUCGGCAUGUAGCCAGGCUGCUUCUCUCUCCACAGACACUAAGGUCAAAACCAGCAGCGGUGAGUCAGAUUACUAUAUACACCAAAGGCAGCAUGAAAUAACCUGCUCUUCAAGUGACAGCAAAGUUCAUGUCCCGUCUCCGCAAGAAAUCUAUUUCAGCACCAAGAUGGACUGGUGGGGUUCACCACACAAAAUAGGAAGUCUGUCAUAUUCCUACACAGUGCAGGAGCAGUGGAACAGCAUGACGUACUCCUGGACCCAGUUGAAUAGAGAGAUGCAUGUACUGAACAAUAUCUCCAACCAAGAGCUUCUUACGCAGGAUGAAAAGGGAAGAAUACUCCUCCACCGAGCUGUUGAUGAGGGAAAACGAUCUUUUGUGUAUGUUGUUGCCAGACGGAUGGCAGAUCUAAACAAACUGGACAGCAAAGAUGCAGAGGGAAGGACUUCACUCCAAUUAGCUGCGCAGAAGAAUCAACACCUCAUGGUUGCUGAUUUAAUUUCCUUUGGUGCAAACAUCAACGAAAGGGAUAAAUAUGGAAAAACAUGCCUCCAUCUCAGUGCAGAAAAUGGAUACAUCAGGGUUUUGGAGGUUCUGAAAAGCUGCAUGAAAAGUGGGAUAUAUAUAGAUGUGGAAGCCCAAGAUGUGAACGGGCUCAGUGCACUGCAGCUUGCAUCAGUAGCUCUGAAGAGCAUAGUGGGUGAUUUGGAGAAGAGUGUGACAGUGAGCCAGGCCAGAGUUCAUUCCCUGCGUAAAGAGCAAAUGAUGGAAACCCUCAAGUGCCUCCUGCAGAUGGAAUGCAACCAGCAGUGCCUGGUAAGACUGGCGGUCAGCCAAAACUAAAGAAAUUGAGAGCCGCUGCUUGUGACGAUCCUCUUCUCCUGUUCAAUUAAAAAGUGGCUUGUCCAGUUACACAACUACUUUGGGCAGGAAUGACGGGUAUUGGUCAAACAAUGCAGUGCUGUUACCUGGCGGUAAAUGUUUUUGGGUGAAUACAAGUUUUAACCUGCCGAAAAACACGAAUAGUUUACGUUGUAUCGUGGUAUGGUUAAAGCUAUGUAUUAUGCAACCAGUUGGUGUUAUUGCGACAAGGGGUCCUUCAAGUCCUCUUAGUUUGUUGAUAACAUAAAUGGUUGUGCGUCAGCUGGUUUCUGUGAAACUUCCACCGUUUGCUAUGUUAAAAUAGCAAAACAGUUUUAAAAGUCUGUUUGAUUCCAUUGUAUUAGAUUAGAGUUGUUGUUCUUUUUAAACAUCUGUAUAGAAAUAUGUAUAUAUACACCGGUCAGGCUUAAAUAUUCAGGUGAUGUGAAUAAGACUGAUGAUCUCCUCAUCAUGGCAUGAUGGUUAGUGGGUGGGAUAUAUUAGGCAGCAAGUGAACAUUUUGUCCUCAGAGUUAGAAACAUUAAAAAUGGAUAAGCGUAAACAGCCAUAUUGUGAUGGCUAGACCACUGGAUCAAAGUAUCUCCAAAAUUGCAGCUCUUGUGGGGUCUUCCUGGUCUGGUGGUCAGUAUCUAUCAAAAGUAUCCUUUACGUCCUGUAAGUUGCAAGGUGGGACCCACGGAGGAUCUUAAAGGAUCCAUCUUGGUGCCAGAUACCACAGCAAACCUUCAGGGAUCUAUUGGAGUCCAUGCCUCGACAGGUCAGGGCUGUUUUGGCAGAAAAAGGAGGGGGACUAACACAAUAUUAGGCAGGCGGUCAUAAUGUUAUGCCUGAACAUGUGUAACGUUUUCAUAUAUUCACAUUGUUGAGUGCUACGUCCUCUGCAUUUAGAGCAUUGAGCAUUAGUUCAAUUAGUAAAUCCUUGCUUUGUAGGCUAAAUAGCAUAUAAUACAUGAUACAUGAUAAUACAUAAACACAACAAAUACAUUUAACCUGAUAAUGAACUGUAAUUUAGGGAUUCGUAAUGACUGGGAAUGUCUCGGGAAUUGUAGUCUUGGAUAUACAUGAUGGAUUUUUGGAGAACUGCUUAACACGGUAUACAUACAGCAUUUAUACAUCAGAGCGAUGCUUUAUUUCAGAAAAAAAAACAUUUAUUUAGUUAGAAUGAUUUAUGAAUAAAUAGGUGAUGUUAAAUAAGUUAGCUGAUUUGAUUACGAGACGUUUUGUUAAAAUUAGCACCACAGCUACCGUAGUGGAACUGCAAGCAACCAGAAACAAAGUAAAUGCAGCUCUUUCUCCAUAACUCAGCUUUAUUUAUUGCUGUGGUAGCUAUUCAAUGUUCAAUAUACACAAACAAACUAGCAAACAAACACACCCUGUCCACUUUAUUAGGAACGCCUGUAGGCCUAGUGAGUCAUGAGUUCUUGUGAAUUUAUUUAGUGGCAGAAAAAAAACAAUUUUUAUCAGUUAUUUAACCAUGCAGAUGAAGAGCUUCAGUUAAUGUUCAUAUCAAACAUGAGAAUGGGGAAAAGUAUCAUCUCUGUGACUUUGAUGGUGCAUGGAAAUUUGAGUUGUUUGAGGAUUUCAGAAUCAAGUCUCUAGAUUUUACAUAGAAUGGUAAGAAAGCAACAGCAGUGAGUGACCGAUGGUUCUGUGGGUCGAUGUGCCUUGAUGAUAAGAGACGACAGGAGAACAGCCAGAAUGGUAAGCUGACAAGAAGGAUAAAGUAACUAAAAUAACCACUCUACAGUUGUGGUGAAAAGAAAAAUAUCUCAGCAUAUGCCCAUACAUCUACCCUUGAGGUGGAUGGACUUCAACUACAAAAGACUGACGGUUCCUCUCCUGUCCACCAAGUCAAGGAUUUUGAGGCUAUCAUGCACACAGACUUACCAAAAAUGCACAGUUUGAAGAUUAGAAAAAAUUCACCUGGGCUUUUUUCAGCCUUCAACUAGCCAGUUUUGGUGAACAUGUACCCAUGAUUGCUUCAGAAUCUUGUUCUUGAAUAACAGGAGUGGAACCUGAUCCUGAUGGUCUUCUGUUGUUGUAACUCAUCCACCUCAUGGUUUGAUGUUCGGUGUAUUCUGUGAUGAUUUUCUGCUCACCACGGUUGUAGAGAGUGAUUUAUUUGAGUUGCUAUAGACUUCCUGUCAGUCUGUGAUCAAUCUGCUCUGAUCCCUGUCCUUAACAAGGUUUUUGACGCCUGCAGACCUUCUGCUCACAGUCACAGAGAUCACACAUUUACCCCAUAAUGAUGUUAUGAUGACAUAAACAUUAACUGAAGCCCUUAACCUCAAGAGCUUUGCCUGCCACAUGAUUGGCUGAUUGGAUAACUGCAUGAGUACAUUCCUGUUUAAAGUGCCAUGUUUAAAUAAAGUUAUCUUCAGUAUCCUGGUCAGAAUCAGGGUGAACACUGAGCCUAAUCUAGGGACACUAGGCAUGAGUGGAUGAGCACCUUGGAUGGGAAAAUAAUCCAUCACUAUGCGGGUACACAUACCUUUACGCCAAUGCAAGUUAGACUAGUCAAACCACCUACACAUAAUGGUGCUGCGGUUCAUUUAUGUUAGAAAUGUUAUACAAAGCUUUCACUCUUAGAGAAAAGGGUUCCUCUAUGGUUAUUUGGAUAGCAAAUGGUUCUUUGUAUUCAUUUUUUUAUUUUUUGUAAAGGGGUUCAACUCUCUCUUAGUUUUUCCCCAUGCUUCAGGGGUCUACAUGGAACUUUUAAGGUUUUCACCAGAGUUCUGGAGUUCUACACAUGGCAGGGUUUUCUCUGAGUUGAGGUUCCCACCUCAACUCAGUGACUGCUAACAUCUCAAUUCAGUUAGGAUUUUAAUUCAUAUAGCAUUUUUUUUUUUAAACAAUGAACCUUGUUACAAAGCAGAUUUACAAGGAACAGGAAGAAAAAAGUCCUUAAUGAGCAAGCCAGAGGCAACCUUGGCAAGGAAAAAAAACUUCCUGAGACAAAAUAAGGAAGAAACUUUGAGAGGAAUCAGAUUCAAAAGGGAGCCCAUGCUCAUCUGAGUGACACCGGAGAGUGAGAAAUCAUUUCCCUUCUAUAACUGUGCACUUACUCAAGUGCAGUUGUGUACCCAGGAGCUUUCGAACAACUUAUAAGUAUGAGCAUUAGCGUCAUUUCUGAAUUUAUUAUAGUUUUGACACAAAUUCCUUCCUCGAAGCCAUCGAGACCCGAGCGCAAAACCCGGUUCAAAGCCACUGCCAUGGUCUCCAAGUAGACUGCUGACCGUUACUCUUACUAAUUAGUUUAAUAAACUGUUUUGGGAGCAGGGAAAACUCUACAAUGUGUAGGAUCAGGAUUGGGAAACAUGUGUCCCAGAGGGAUGAAUAAAAAUAAAACCUAAUUUCUUUAAAACUUUUAAUGUUGUAAUAUUCAUUUAGUUUAGUGAAAUGGGGGUUAUGCAUACGUUUGCUUUGAAAUCAUAUAUUAAAAAUGCAUUUCUUUUGUAUCGGUAUAUCAGAUAUUUACCUGUCAAUCAUUUAAGACAGAAACAUUCAUUGGUUCUGGGGUGUUUUUUAUUUUUUUAAAUAAGUGGGGGAAAAGGGGAUUUUUCUUAUUUGUACUGUCAGCCUUGUUGCUUUAAUGGGAUUGUAGUGCAUUUGUUAUUCGGAUUUUAUGCAGAAUGCGAUAUUAUUUCAUGUCAUAUCCAUGCUUCACCUUCCAAAAUCGAAUAAAAUGUGACACGUUGUUAUUUUCAGCUUAACCAUCUUGGAUGUUUGUGUACAUUUGUGACACCUGUGCCAGUGCAAUCAAUGUAAUUAAAUAAUAAAUAUAGGUGUGCUUGAAAAAUUUGCUUUCGUAUUGUUUGACGUCUUCAUGGGAAACCUGCACAGACCUAUAAGCGAGUAAACACACCCUCAGCCGCACACCAUGCAGGAGCGCAUUUUGUAAUAGUCUUCAAUUGUAAGUCAGUGAAAAGACAAACGGAGACCUGGAGGCGAUCACAUGGAACUGUCUACGUCUGCGUUGAUGCCAAACAAGUUUGGCUGUGUUUCAAACCGCUCAAGCUGGUACAUAUUAAGAUUGGACUUAUUAUUAUUUUUUUUUUGUAGAUUGUGGCGUGUGGCUUUGCACGCCAUGCUCUUUUAAAUGCUUGUCACGAACAUUUCUGGGUGAGUUAUUAAGUGAGCUUCCGACACAUAAAUUAGACAUGAACUCAAUUCCUUUUAUUGAAUUCAAUUUAUUUGUAUAGCGCUUUUAACAAUGGUCUCAAAGCAGUUUUAUAGAAGUAUAGAAACACAGAAAAAGAUAAAUAAAGUGUAAAGCAAGCCUGAGGCGAUGGUGGUGAGGAAAAACUCCCUGUGAUGAUAUGAGGAAGAAACAUUGAAAGGAACCAGACUCAGAAGGAAACCUCAUCCUCAUUCGUGUGGCACUGGACAGUAAAUGUAAAUAAAUAAAGUCCUCUUGACAACAGCAACCAAGGGCUCUUGAGGAACUAAUCAGUAAGUGUUGUUUUCUGAGAUCAUUACAGACUUAGCACUUAUUCUUUCCUGCUGAAAGCUGACCGAUGCAACGGCAGUACAGAGACGGUGUGCAAGUGGUUCUGUCCACAGCAGACCCCAGGGUCACAGGCUAACCAUGUAGAUCUAUCCCCAGCAUCAGUGAGCCCCACCGAGCGACGAGACUCCGACCAGGGGUAGAGUGUCUGGGUGGAUCAGGCAGGUCUGGAAAGAAAAAGUGGUCACACUGGGAACUCUGAACACUGGGAGAUCAGGAGUGGGAUGUAAAGGUCGACAGAGAAAGACAGAGAGAGAAAGAGAAGGAUGUUAAGUAUGCUUGUGAUCACGUGAUGUUUAAGACAAUGUAGGUUAUGUGUGAAGUGCAGGCAGGGACUCCGGCAAGACUGGCUAUGACAGCAUAACUAAAAGGGAGAGCCAGAAGGUGACAGACAUAAAGGCUUCCCGGGACAUAAAGCGUCCAACCACUUCACAGUCAGCAAACCUGAGGGUGAUAAGGUGACAGCAUCCAAACAUUCCAGUACACCAAACACUCUAUGCCCAAGAACCUUCCACUCUACAUGGAAAGCUUGAUUAAUGCGUCUUCAGCCUAGACUUAAACAUUGAGACUGUGUCUGAAUCCCCAACACUAAUUGGAAGGCUGUUCCAUAACUCUGGGGCUUUGUAAGAGAAAGCUCUGCCCCCUGCAUGAAGAUUGCAUUAAGCCUGUAGAUUUGUAGCAUUAAAUUGCUCAAUAUAUAACUCUAUUUGGUUCAAAACCGUGGCAUGGCGCUAAAAGCACAGUUUGUGUUCCCAUAAGUUCCCUUUGUCCUUGUUAUGCAAAUGUUGUGUUUUCCCUGUGCAUACUCGCCUCAACUAAUCAGUGAAGUAACAGCCCCUGCUGAGUGGAAAUGGUGGUGCUAGAGCAGGAAAUAAGAAAAUGUGUAAGGGGGACAUGACAUGGGCUGGUAAGCUGUUCUACUCUGAUGAUGUCUGAGGUACCGUUCAAUUCUUUAAUGCGGAUUUGAGCGCCACCUGCAGGUUUGAUGUCCAAUGAAUAUACAAAUAUCAUCUUUCAGAACCAUUCUGUUCUGCUGAUACAUGAGUGUUCCAAAUCAUUUAGAUAUUUACAGAAUGUACAUUUAUAAUAAAAAAAUAAUAUACUGGACAAAGGAGAACCUGGAACACAGAAGAACCAGGACAAUGGAGAACCUGGAAUACUGCAAAACCUGGGUAAAGCAGAACCUGAAACACAGCAGAACCUAAAACACUGGAGAACCUGGACACAGCAGAACCUGGAACACAGCAGAACCUGGACAAAGCAGAACCUGGAACACAGGAAAACCUGAAAUACAGCAGAACCUGGAAUACAGGGGAAUCUAGAACACAGACACAGCAGAACCUGGAACACAGGAAAAUGUGAAAUGCAGCAGAACAUGGAACAAAGGAGAACCUGGACAAAGGAGAUCCUAAAAUACAGCAGAACCUGGAACACAGGAGAACCUUGACAAAGAAGAACCUGAAACACAGCAAACUGAAGAAAGGAGAACCUGGAAUACAGCUGAACCUGGAACAGUAGAGACGUGAGGUUGGGACAGAGCUGCACUCUGCUGCACAGAAGAAGAGAAAUUUUAAAUCGUCUUAGGAGAAAGACUUCAUACACUGCAGCCGUCAUUACACAGUAGUGUGUGUGUGUGUGUGUGUGAGAACGUGACAGCCUGAGGGACAGAGAGACACGCCCUGAUAUACAUUCUGUACAAUAGGUUCAGACGCUUUUAGCUGUCAGCUUUUUGUUCUUGCCACUUGUUUGUUAUGAUGAUGUUCAUGCAUGAACGCAGAUGUAUGUAUAUUAGGUGUAGAAUUUUUAGUUGAACUUACCUGCACUGUUUGCUUUGGCAGCUAAGUAAUUUAUAACAUUCAUGCCAAUAAAACACUGACGGAUUGUACUCUUGCCUCAGCGGUUAAGUCUUUGGGUUACUGAGCAUAUAUUUAUAUAUGACAGGCGAAGUGAAUAAGACUGAUGAUCUCCUCAUCAUGGCACCUGUUAGUGGGUGGGAUAUAUUAGGCAGCAAGUCAACAUUUUGCCCUCAAUUUUGAUGUGUUAGAAGCAGGAAAAAUGGACAAGCGUAAGGAUUUGAGCGAGUUUGACGAAGAGCCAAAUUGUGAUGGCUAGACCACUGGAUCAGAGCAUCUCCAAAACUGCAGCUCUUGUGGGGUGUUCCCGGUCUGCAGUGGUCAGUAUCUAUCAAAAGUGUCCUUUAAGUCCUGUUAGGAGGUGAAUCUUAAAUUUUAAAUCUUAAAGGAUCUGCUGCUAACAUCUUGGUGCCAAAUACCAGAGCACACCUUUAGGGAUCUAGUGGAGUCCAUGCCUUGACGGCUCAGGGCUGUUUUGGCAGUUAAAGGGGGAACAACACAAUAUUAGGCAUAAUGUUGUGCCUGAUUAGUGUGUAUAUACUGGAUUAAUAAAGGGUUCAUAAUGCCUUUGCAUAUUAAAUUCUUUGAGCAUGGUCACUUGCUUUAUUACAUGCAGUGUUAACCUGUAGGUGUACAUUGACCUGUAUACACUACUGAGGCUGGGAAACCGUGCCAAGAAAUGGCCUCUAGUGGAUAAAUUAUUAACUGCGUCUGAGACCAGUGGACAGGGAGUCCAAGGAGAGUCCAUUUUGGAUCAUCAUGAGUGUUUCACCAAUCUAACACUUCUGACACUUCACACUGUAAAUACAUUUUAGCAUCUUGGUGAAUGAUUUAGGAAAUCUAAAAAAUUUUUUAGGAAUACUGUUCAUUAGAAAUGUAUGAUGUUACUCUAAAAUAUGACCUGUUCUCUUAUUAAUAUCUUUAUCCCAAAGUAAUAUAUUAUACAUAUUUAUGAUGCACUACUGUAUUUUUGUACUGCUGUUUCAAAAUGCCGUCGCUUUCAGCAGGAAGGAGUUAGUGCUAAGUCUAGAAUGAUCUCAGAAACUACACUGACCGAUAUGUUCCUCAAGAGCUCUUGGAUGCUGUUGUAUAGAAAGGACAUUAUUUAUUUACAUUUACAUUAUUUACUGUCCAGUGUCACCCAAGGUUCCCUUCUGAGCCCGGUUCCGCUCAGGGUUUCUUCCUCAGAUCAUCUCAGGGAGUUUUUUUCCUCACCACCGUCGCCUCAGGCUUCUCAUUCGGGAUAAAAUAGCAGCUUUACUUUCAAUUUUAUUUCUAAUUUUUUCUCAGUUUCUAUACUUCUGUAAAGCUGCUUUGAGACCAUUGUUAAAAGCGCUAUACAAAUAAACUGAAAUCAAAAAUAAGCAUCAAGUUAAUAAUAUGUACGUGUGUACGUUUUAUAAUUUUAUCUUUUCCAAUAUGUCGCAAAUGAUCAAACAUUGUCUUAAGAAGCAGAGGCAUUAUAGCUUUAAGUAUUUAAAGUUACUUACGCCUAUUAUUUUUUCAUUUUACUUCAAUUUUUUGUUAGUGUAUUUUUGUUUAGUCUUCAAGUAAUAUUAGAGAUUGAAGUUGAUGGAGUUGUGUGUGUGUGUGUGUGUGUGUUUCCAAUAUGAUUUUUAAUUUCAUAUGUUCACACUAAAUGCUGGAAGCAACUGGUUUGGAAUUUGGAAAGACAAAUAUUUUCUAAAACAUAGAAGAUUCUUAUAAUUUAAGGAUAUGAUGUGAUGAUAAAUCUGGAGAAAUUUUUUUUUUU